CUAGGACCGGCUCUUCUUGCUCCUCGUCCGACACCCAGCGGCCAUGCCUCCGUUUUGCAACUGUUCGCCUCCAUGGCCAUCCUUCUCCUCUCCUAUCUGGCUUUGCCGUGGAGUUUAGCUUCAGCAGUUCGCUGCCUCCAUGGCCACCCAUGGCCAGUUCGCUGUAUUAUACAAACCCUGUCUAUCAAACAUGUUUUUAUGGAAGGGGAUUGAAAACUUGGGGAUGUGAGGGGAAUGGAGAGGAUUGGGUGGAAGAAAGGGAUUCACCAAAUCCUCUGAAAUCCCCACCUCCCCGAACCUCCCCAAUCCCUUCCUGUCAAACGCUCGACCUGACCGACCCCCCGGGGAGCCAGGGUUCGCGCCGCCGGCCGCCCACCCCGCCCCAUCCCGUCUGGAUCGCCUGCCCCUGCCCCCGCGUCAUCCUGCCUCGCCGGCCGCAGUGACCUAGAGCUUAUGCUACAAAUAAUCCAUGCUUAGUAUUUGUUGAGCAUUGAGGGUGCUUGAGAUAAAGAUGCUGAAGAACGUCUUGAGUCAGUCAUGGAGGAGGGGAGCGCAUGUCCUACGGGAAGGGCAUCCAGCUGAAGCAAUGUAUGCUUGUUCAAGUCAAUUUCACAGCGGGCAGGUGUUGAGGUCGGCGAGGAGCUUCUUCGGCGUGGAGGACUUCAUGGACGAGGACAACAGCAAGCCCUACACGUACAAGAAGGAGAAGCGGUCCAAGAACCCGCACAAGCACAUCUCGUUCAAGCAGCGGACGAUUGCGCACAUGGAGCCCUUCACCCUGGACGUGUUCAUCUCGAAGCGGUUUGUAUCGGCGUCGCUGACCCACCGGUCGACGUGCCGGCAGGUGGCGGUGGCGGGCACCAACUCCAAGGACGUGAAGGCGGCGCUGAUGUCGCGGUCGGACGUGCCGGCGUGCCUGUCGGUGGGGCGGUUCCUGGCGGAGCGGGCCAAGGAGGCGGACGUGUACGCGUGCACCUACACGCCCCGGGAGCGGGACCGGUUCGAGGGCAAGAUCAGGGCUGUCGUGCAGUCGCUCAUCGACAACGGCAUCCACGUCAAGCUCUACCUCGACUGAUCCUUUUUUUUAAUUUUUUUUUGCUGCUGUUGUGUGCCUGUUGGCGCUCUGCUUUCUACGCCUGCUGCUGAAGAAGAGUGCUGGCUUGGUUGAAUGCGCUGUGCUGCCGUCAAUCCUGUGACUUUUGCUGGUUGUCCCAUGUCUGUUACAAGAAAUUUCGCAGACUUUUCACGGGUAGCUCCUCUCCAUGUGAAAGAAAAUGUCAUCCACACUUGACAUUUUGGUGUCU